AUGGAGGAGAAGGCGCGACGAGAGAAAGAAGAAAUUCGCCUGGCGUUGGCGAAAGCGUACUUCGAGUCUAAGAUUGAAAACACCGACGACUUUUUUGCAUCGCUUCUUCUUUCCUCUUCUUCUUCUUCUUCUUCGGAUUCUUCUUCUUUGUUGAAGAGCAACAAGAAUGAGAUUCUCAAAUUGUGGAGAAGUGCACUUCAAGAAGAGCACGAGGGCGGCGGGAAAGAGAAGGUCGACGACGACGCGAUGAUACGAACGGCUCUGAGAGAAGUGUUUGAGGCGAAGUUUACUAAUAAAAACGAAGAUGCCCCGGGGAAAAAGAGACAGAAGAAGAUUUUUGAUGAUGGCGAGCAAAAACAGCGAGAGGAACAAAAACAACGGUUUUGCUUCCUGGAGCAGUUUGUGCGAGAACGCGAAGAAAACGUGCAAAAGUUAAAGCGAGACGUGUUAGAAGAAGAAAUGUCGCUGUUGAAAUGGCGAGAACAGCGUGUGCGAGAGAAGAAGAAACACGCGGAAAAACGUCGAAGAGUGGAGGAGAGUUCGGGGUUACCGUACGUGCCGGAGCUGACGAAGCCGACGAAGGCGGAGUGCGAGAGGUUCGUGCGAGAAGUCGAGGAAGGGUUGGAGAAGAAAGAAUACGCGCCGCAGUUUCGGGAGGUUUUAGAGCGGGUGAGAAAAACGAUGGAAACGAAGAAUGGUGGGAGUGCGAUGGUCGAGACGGCGGCGGCGGAGUACGCGAUGUUACAUUUAGGCGGGGCGAAAUAUCGCGCGAAGAAGUUCGCGUUACCCAGGGCGGAAGAAGAGGAAGAGGAAAAGACAGGGGAAGAAGAAGAAGAAGAAAAAGAAGAAGAAGAAGAAGCAAAAAGAAGAGCACUGCAGUGCGAACGAGAGUUCCAGUUAGAGCUCGAAAAAUCGAGAAGGGUGAACGGUACUGGUGAAAAGAAAGUCGGCGCCAACGCCAACGUGGUUACGCAUGAGCGGUGGGAAGGUCGCAUGAAUUCAACAAGCAAGUCCGAUGCGUUAAAUCACGGAAGUGAUGUAGAAUAUUUAACGUAUAGAGAUGUCAUUCCGAACAUGAACAAGGUCGAUGGCGUCGACUGGGAAAAGUGUGGGCGACUCGGCGAACGCGUCGUCUUCAACGUUUUGAUUCAGAAAUAUCGAGGCACGAACGUAUCCGUGAAAUGGAUGAACGAGAUAGAGGAAUCCAACUCGUUUUAUGAUAUAAUGCUGACCGAUGGCGAUUCACACGCGAAAACGUUCAUUGAAGUCAAAGCGACUCGAUUUCGAGAUAAAAACGCGUUUGAGAUUUCACCGUGGGAAUGGGAUUUCGCGGUGAAACCAGAAGAGAUGGUGGAGACGUGCGCAUUGUCGUGA